GAAGAAACAGUGGAAAUGGCAACCUCAUCUAAUGAUGAACUAGAUUUUCAACUUGUUCAAAACAGAAAAUCUAAAAAGAAAUCUUCUCAACCUCCCAUCAAGCAACACAACACUCGAAUUGAAACUGUUUAUAUUCCUCCGGACAGGAAAAGGAGACUUUUGUUUCUUGAUUCCUGGUCCCCCUCUAUCAGUAAUGACAAUUAUAUUCUUACUGGUGACUUUAAUGUCAAUCUUAUUCCAACCAAUCGCCUAUCAACAUCAAUUUCAAGAUCAGAUCCCUCUGUUUCGAUUCUGUCGGACAAGCUGUUAUCCCUAGUUGACACGCAAGUUCUCGCUGGCAUCCCUUCCAUUCAUACCUUCUCUCAAAUGACGAGAAACAAUCACCUACUUCUCACCAAACUAGACUACAUUUUUCUCUCCCCGGACUUGGCAACUAGGAAAAUCCAACUGUCUACUUUAGCUGGCAACUCAGAUCAUUUACUUCUCUUGGCAAAACUUACUGACAAAUCUUCCAUCGAUCACUCUACUCUUUGGAAACUUAACAACCAUAUCACUAAAGACUCUCUCCUAAUGAUUUCUGCAGCGGAUAUCAUCCAUAACUCCAACAACUGGGAUCAUGGCAAAAAAGAAGUCUCCUCCUUUCUACAACAACAGUCAAGAAAAUCUGCCACUAAAAAAAAAUGCCUCAUCAAUAGGCUCCAACGACGUAUUAUAGGCUACCAAAAAACUCUCGCACUCAUCCCUAAUGCUGAUGAUAUUCGCUCUCUUCUGGAAAAGGAAAAGAUUGAAUUAAACUCCCUCAUAGAAGAAAACUCCCGAAAAUGGCAAAUCAGAUCCAGAGCUAAAUGGACUGAAAAGGGUGAAAAAUCCACCAAGUACUUCUACUCCAGAUUUAUAGAACGUCUGAACAGCUCUCCCUCUCUUCUCAUCAAAGAUCUUUCAAACUCCUCAACCACUAAUCAACAAACAACUCUUAAUUAUAUUGGACAAUGGUAUCAACACCUGUACUCGCAAGAUGAAGUUUCCUUUUCAGACAUAUCAGAUCUUCUCACAAACGUCACACCAUUUCCGGGCAAUAAUGAUGACAUUAUUGCCCCCAUCACUCAUGAUCUUAUCAAAUCUACUAUAAUGAGCCUACCCAACAACAAGUCUCCAGGCCCAGAUGGUCUGACCUAUGAAUUCUACAAGUCUGCCUUACCACAUAUUAUUGACUCUCUUUUUUCCCUAUUCAACUCAAUUCUUUCUAAUGGCAUCGUUCCUAGUUCAUGGACCAGGUCACUUAUUACUCUCAUACCAAAAAAAGAUAACGACAAAACUCUGGUUCAGAAUUGGAGACCUAUUGCCCUAAUCAACACCGAUGCAAAGAUCUUCCUCAAGAUUUUGGCGGGACGGUUAGCCAAAGUUGCGGGUCGUCAUCUCCCACAUCAUCAAAAAGGCUUCCUUCCCGAAAGAAAUACUAUUGACGCCACCUUAAACAUCUUAACAGCCACUGAGGUUCUCAAAUCUUAUAUCAACACUCCCACAUACCUACUUCAACUAGAUCAACAGAAGGCUUUUGACAGGGUGAAUCACCAGUAUCUCUCGAAAGUCUUAGAACACUUUGGUCUCCCACCUGUCUUUAUCCAACUAGUUAAUAAUAUCUUCGGACAACAAUCAGCCAACAUCACUGACAAUAAACAUUUAUCCAACGAAUUCAGACUAGAAAGAGGAGUCCGGCAGGGUGAUCCGCUUUCCCCUAUUUUAUUUGCUCUCUCAAUAGAACCACUCCUUGCAACUCUGUCCUCCUCUCCUUAUCAAAUCAACAGUCACCUCGACAAUAAUCAGGCCUACGCAGAUGACACAACUAUUCUAGCUCUGAGCAAUUCACAUCUAGACUUCAUUUGCGAUACAAUCAAGAAAUACGAAAGAGCCUCUAAUGCAAGAGCCAAUCUCAAUAAAUCAGUUCUUAUCCCUCUAAACGACCUUGCCAAAGCCAACAUACAUUCCUUACAAAAUAAAUAUCAGUUCACUGUUCCUAAUCAUAACGCUGAUAUCAACAUCCUGGGCUUUCACUUCAAUACCAACUUUACAAUGCAUCAUUCCACCUGGCCUACGCUGAUCAAGAAACUUGAAAAAAAACUCUUUCUUUUGAAAAUUAGAGAUAUCUCCCUCAAAGGCCGUGCCUUAACAGCAGGCUCUCUACUGGCUUCCAAAAUUUGGUACACGUCCUACAUUUUUCCUCCCUUAAUGCGACAAGUAGACACUAUACAAUCUUUAUUAAACAAAUGGGCCAGAG